GAAUCGAAUCUUAUAAGAGAGUUUGUGUAAUUGAUUUCAUGUAGUCAGAAGUAACCUAAAAUCUAGAUCACUGAAACAGAGAAGGGAAUUGAGGAAGGAGACAGAGAUAUAGUGAAAGUGGAGGUGGAAGAGAGAAAGCAUGGGGGUGGACUACUACAAGAUACUUCAGGUGGACCGCUCCGCCAAAGAAGACGACCUCAAAAAAGCCUACCGCAAGCUCGCCAUGAAAUGGCAUCCCGACAAAAACCCUAACAAUAAGAAAGACGCCGAAGCCAAAUUCAAGACUAUCUCCGAAGCCUACGACGUGUUGAGUGAUCCGCAGAAGAGAGCGAUAUAUGAUCAGUGCGGCGAGGAGGGUUUGAAGGGGCAGAUGCCGCCGCCUGAUGCCGGCGGAUUUUCUGGCAUGAGGGACGGGGGCGGUGGGGCCUCGUUCCGGUUCAAUCCGCGUAACGCUGAUGAUAUAUUCUCUGAGUUUUUCGGCUUCACCAGCCCCUUUGGGGGAAUGGGGGAUAUGGGAGGGGGUUCUAGGCCGGGGGGCUCUGCGUUUUCAAGGUCGAUGUUUGGGGAUGAUAUAUUUACGUCGCUUAGGAAUGCGUCUUCUGCUGGGGAAGGCGGCUCUGGUGGACAUGGAAUGUCCAGGAAGGCGCCGGCUAUUGAGCGGAUGCUGCAGUGUGGUUUGGAGGAUCUGUACAAGGGGACUACUAAAAAGAUGAAGAUUUCACGGGAUGUGAUUGACUCCAGUGGGAGACCCUCUUCUAUGGAGGAAAUUCUUGCAAUCGAAAUCAAGCCCGGGUGGAAGAAGGGAACUAAAAUAACAUUCCCAGAAAAAGGAAAUGAACAACGAGGUGUCAUACCAUCUGACUUGGUAUUCAUUAUUGAUGAAAAGCCCCAUAGUGUGUUCAAAAGGGAUGGGAAUGAUCUUGUAGUUACCCAGAAGAUCUCCCUAGUUGAAGCUCUGACUGACCAUACCGCCCAAGUGACUACCCUCGAUGGCCGGAAUCUAACCAUACCCAUCAACAGCAUUGUUAGUCCAACCUAUGAGGAAGUUGUGAAAGGAGAAGGGAUGCCGAUCCCAAAAGAGCCUGGCAGAAAGGGAAACUUACGGAUCAAAUUCAACAUCAAAUUCCCAAGCCGGCUUACUCCUGAGCAGAAAACAGGCAUCAAGCGGCUAUUGACAUCCUCAUGAAUGCUGCCAGGUGGGGAGCUGUCCAUCAUACUCUUGUAAGCUUGCCUUUCUUUUUUUCGUGCUGUCUUAUCAUGCCUUGAAAAUUUGAAGGAUGAGUUCUUUUGGAAACACUUGUUUAGGUUCCCCAAAUUUAUUUUAGAUGUUCAUUUCUUCAAGAUCUCUUCCUUUCUAAAAUAUUUGAUCCUAUUUUACAACCAUCAACAUAAUUUAUUAUCUUUAGCUUCUUCAAAUGUCUGUUGGUUAUUGGCUUCAUUCAAUUGAUGUCGUUUGACGUCUAAUUUACAACUCUUUCUUGGCCAUUGUUGUCGAAAGUAGAAGUUUCACGCUGUUUAAAGAAAGCAUUUUCAAAAGGUCUGCGUUUUAAUAGACUCUUUGAAAUAGUUGUUAGUACAGCUCACAAUUGUGUCGUCUUGCCUGUUUUGUUGAUCUGAGAAGGUGCUUAGUUACUGUGAUUCUGCCAUUGUUUCUCGUAGCAGCAGACAAGAACUGUACACCAGUAAAAUACAGGAAACACAACAUAACUAUAGGAUCACAUAAAUAGGAAUUUAGGUUUGAGUUCAUCUAGUAAGGAAAGUGGAUACAACUAAAGUUGUGAUUCUGUUUAACAUUUUUUUAGGACCAAGCAUUUAUGUUUAUAUUGGCAGUAGUAAUUUAUGCAAGAAGUAAUGGCUACCUAUUCUGGUAGUUGAAGAA